AUGGCUUUGGUAGCCUGGCCGCAAAAGCCUGAGCCUGCAGAGCCUCGCGCCUGCCCUGAAUGGUUGCCGCUGAGAUGGGGCAACAGCGCAAUGCUGCAACGCUUGCUAGAGGCUGCUGGCUCGUUUAGAGAAAGUGGCAGAAUAGAGAAACAGACAUGGGAAGCCUUCAAAGAUGCUUUUACAUUACAUAUGCAGUGCGAUCAGAUGCACCUCGCUUUCUCGGCAGCGCUGCCUUUGUUCUUUGAAGCCUUGAGAAGUGGAGAGGGUGGCGGUGGUGAUGCUCAGUGCGGCCGCGGACAACUCGCCUUCCACAGAGAUCAUAUUGACAUUUGUGUUCCUGUUUGCAUCCGGCUGCUCGAAAGGUUGCAGUCCUUGUCGCGAUUCGGCGAUCGUCCACCUGCAUGCCCUCCAGAAGAUAUUCCAAAAUGGAAAUAUGUUCGUGAGCUUUGCUCUCAAGCUGCUCUGUCACUGGAUGUUGCGCGGCUUGUUUACCUGGAGCAACGUAGAAAAAAGCGUGAUCCCCGAGAUGCACACAACGUGGAUCUGGGUGCCAUUCAAGAGCGCAUUCCCCAAACAGAGGACAGGCAAGUGGUCCACAAGCCAGAUUCCACAGCCAAAGAGGCCGUGACAAGCCAGCUUGUCCUGGAUUCUGAUUCAUCUCAUGCAGUGAUGGGUGCGCCAGCCAAAGUGCGGCAAAGCCUGCAAGUUGUGGAAACUGAAGAAUGUAGCUCCUCUAGCACAAGCUUGCAGAGGGCAGACAUCCAGGAAUACAAACGUAUCAGACAUUUUGCUUUAGUUCGGGCGGGCCGUUUCCUCAAGGCUGUGCAAGCUCCGAUGGAUCAGCUCAGAGAGGAAAGCGAGAGCCUCUCCAUCAUGUCAGGAGUUGACCCUGGUUCGGCGAUCCGUGAACUAUUGUACCCUUGCUUCGGAAGCUUUGUGGAGCAGCAGCUGUUGCCCCUCUAUGUGCGCGACAUUGAGCUGGUCACCAUGGACGAGGUGCUUCAAUACUAUUGCGCCGUUCCUGUGGACAUAGAAGACGAGCGCAGAGCACGACAAAUUUUGGGUGUCAACCCAGAGUCUAGAUUGAAAAGACGGCACAGUACAGCAUCAUCGGCUUCUACUACACCGAUCGCCAAUCAGAAGGAGCCAACGCUGAUGGUACAGUUUCAGGCGUCCAGCUUCGACAAGAAGAAGAUGCGAAUCCCGACGUCCGUGAUCGAGAACCGGCGGUACGGCAAGCCGCAAGCUGUACCAAAGGAUGUUCCCGUGGUCUUAAAUGUGGCGAGGCCCUCCAUUGGAGUCCACAGUCGGGAGACGAUCCCACUCACGCCAUCAAAAAAGAGCCGCAGUGAACGUGAACCAGCCACUGCUUUGUGGAAGUCUCCAGGGGAAAUCAUGACAACCCCUCCCGCGAAACGUCGAUUAAAAAAAUCGCCAGUGACUUGGGAAAGGGUUCCGCGUGGACUCGUGGGCAUAGUGGACACCCCUCCUCCUCCACGCAGCUUGAUAGCAGACUACUCGGCAAUGGGAGCGUAG